GGAAGAAAAAAGCGCUCAGAAAAAGGUUAAAACCGUUGAGCGAGUUAGCGAGUCGUAUUAGUUCUUGUCGCGCGCUUUUGUCACGUGGCUGGUCAAUUUGAUGCCACGUCACCAUCUUCAACCUCGGGUCUGAAUUCCGAAGCUAUUUCAGAGAAAUCGACGAUGGCGAAGCGGAAUUCGAUUUUCCUCAGCUCCUCAGACACCUCUGUGAUCAAGGCUAGGAAGAUGAUGAUGGUGAGAAAGGCUUCACCAAUUUCAAGAAUUCUAUGUCUAGGGCUCGUUCAUGGCCCAGCCUCCUCCAACUACUCCCGCUUCAAUUCGCUUCGCUCUUACUCUGAAUCACUUAAUCUUUCUCACUCUAAGCCUCCAGGGCCGCUGGCGCUAUACAGGAAUCUGGUUGAAAAAGGGAAGCUUCAAGAUGAUCCGAAUCAGGAGAGGGUUGCUUUGGAGCUGGAGAACUUGCUUGGGAGAUUAGAGCAGUACGAGAGAGAAAUGGAGGAUUAUCAUGAAAGACUAGCGAAGUGGGAGGAGAAGAGGGAGAAUGAGCGGCGCAGGCUUUUAAUGGCGGAAGCUGAGCACAAACAGCAGGAGGGCAUAAGCAGUCAUCGCUUCACAGGCGCUGGAAGAUGGUUGUUCAGGAGAAAACCUGAAAAUGUAGAACCAGGAGUGGGGAAAUGGGUUUCAUACCUUAAUCGCGAGAAGAAGUUGGAUUCGUUGGUUUGUUCUCGUCCAACUGCUCCUCCAGCUCCAAAAGGACUAUAUAUAUGGGGCAAUGUCGGAAGUGGAAAGACAAUGCUUAUGGAUAUGUUUUAUGGUGUCACUCAAGGAAUUGUUAAGCAUCGAAGGAGGUAUCACUUUCAUGAGGCCAUGCUUAAAAUUAAUGAGCAGAUGCAUAAGAUAUGGAAAAAUCAAGUGGAGGGAAAAUCAUUACAAUCGAGUAUUUCCAAUUGGAUAAUAAAUCUUCCGUUUGAUACAAAAGUAAAGGAGUGGUUGGCUGCAGAAGAACAAUACAAGCAGGAGGCUCAGAUGCAAAACAUUCUUCUAGCUGUAGCAGAUAAGCUCCUGAUCAACCAGCAGGCUGAUGCUGAUCGAAAAGGAGCAAGUAUUCUCUGCUUUGAUGAGAUCCAGACUGUUGAUGUAUUUGCUAUUGUGGCCUUGUCUGGGAUUCUAAGCAGAUUGUUAAGUACAGGAACUGUGCUUGUGGCCACAAGUAAUCGAGCACCUAAUGACUUAAAUCAGGAUGGUAUGCAGCGGGAGAUCUUCGAGAAAUUUCUAGCCAAAUUGGAUGAGCACUGUAAGAUUGUUUACAUUGGAAGUGAGAUUGACUACCGUCGUCUAAUAGCUCAAAGAUCCAUAGACCAGGUUCACUACUUCUGGCCUUUGGAUAGCGUUGUUUUGGAGGACUAUGAGAAGAUGUGGCACGAGGUCACAGGUGAAGAGGGAGGACAGAUCACCUCUCUUAGUAUUCCAGUAAUGUUUGGGAGAAUUUUGGAGGUUCCCGAAAGCUGUCAUGGAGUUGCAAGGUUCACAUUUGAGUAUUUAUGUGGUCAGCCGGUAGGUGCAGCAGAUUAUAUUGCAGUGGCAGAAAACUAUCACACCGUCUUCAUAUCUGAUAUUCCAGUGAUGAGUAUGCGUAUUCGUGAUAAGGCUCGGAGGUUUAUCACCCUAAUUGACGAGCUGUACAAUCAUCACUGCCACCUGGUCUGUUCUGCAGCAUCUUCAAUUGAUGACUUAUUUCAAGGAACUGAGGAGGGAACACUUCUUGAUUUGGAGAGUUUCCAAUUCGAAGCAGAGACGGAAGGUGGAAAGCUCCGUCGAAAUGUUUUGGCAGUAGGGACUGUGGGUUCAGGGGGUUCCUCUACUAGUAUUAUAUCCAUGAUUUCUGGUGAAGAAGAGACGUUUGCUUUCCGCCGAGCAGUAUCCCGGUUGAUCGAAAUGCAGACGCCACUAUAUCUGGACGGUGUUCGUAACCUUCAUCCUUGUUUCCGGAAGGAAUUAUGCCAAGAAUCUGAAACUACUUGUGCAACCAACUUACAAUAAAGCUUCCAAUAAUAAUCGUGGAUAUAUAUGUUGUGAGAUUAUCUUGAUGGAAUUCUAUUCUUUUAUUCUUUUGACGGAAUAAGGUGAAAUGUUGGGUAAUCUGUGGAUUUAGUUGGCGUUCCAUCUUUCGACUUGACCAUCCAAUAAGACUGUCUGUAAUACAUUUUUUUUUUUUUUGAAAUACUUUGUAAUACAUAGAUUCAGAGUAUAGUAUAAUACCCAAAUACACUAUCUAAAUUAGAACAUUCUUUAUACCUUCUUUAUGUGAGAAAAAUGUUUGUUGUAAAAAAAAAAAAAAGU